AUGGCGCCGCCUGAGGGAGAAGGCGAACUGCGAGGGCAGCGGCGGCGUCUCCUCAGGGGCUCCCAGUUCCGGGCUCGCUCCUUCCCGGAUACGGAGCGCCAAACUCCGAGGAGGAGGAGGAGGCGGAGGAAGCGACCCACCCCCGGCCGCCUGUUCCUCCGCCUUCGCCGCGGCUCCUCGCGCCUCCCCGGGGCCAGGGCGCCCAGCGGUUCGCUCGCAAAGUUGUCCUUUAAAGGGAGGCAGAGGAGGCGGCGGCGAGCGAGGAGCUUCCUUCCCCUCCUCGCCCGCCUUUUCGGCCGUCCCACCUCCGGGCAACCGGCCACCUCCGUUCGCCUCAGCCGAAACUCCGCGCGCUCCAGCCGCGCCGCGCGCCCUUUCCCCGCCGCGCGCCCCGGCCGAAGGAACGCCGGCAGCCGUCGGGCUCCGGCUGGGGAAGAAGGGGCGCUUGAGGGAGGGGAGAGCGGUGGUGGUGGGGCGGCUGGGGGUAGGGCCGAAAAAGGGACCCCCCCUAUCUCCCCAAGCGGCCGCCUCGCAAGGGCAGCCGCGACGGGGCGCGUUUCCUUCGCGCUCCGGCGGCCACGCGAGGCGGACGCCGCCGCCGCCGCCGCCCUGCCUAAACCGGGGCUCUCUGCCCUCACCCCCAGCCGCCCCACCACCGCCGCUCUCCCCUCCUCAAGCGCCCCUUCUUCCCCAGCCGGAGCCCGACGGCUGCCCGCGUCCCUCCGGCCGGGGCGCGCGGCGGGGAAAGGGCGCGCGGAGUUUCGGCUGAGGCGAACGGAGGUGGGACGGCCGAAAAGGCGGGCGAGAAGGGGAAGGAAGCCCCUCGCUCGCUCGCUCGCCGCCUCCCCUCCCUCAAGCGCCCCUUCUUCCCCAGCCGGAGCCCGACGGCUGCCCGCGUUCCUUCGGCCGGGGCGCGCGGUGCGGCUGGAGCGCGCGGAGUUUCGGCUGAGGCGAACGGAGGUGGCCGGUUGCCCGGAGGUGGGACGGCCGAAAAGGCGGGCGAGGAGGGGAAGGAAGCUCCUCGCUCGCCGCCGCCUCCUCUCCCUCCCUUUAAAGGACAACUUUGCGAGCGAACCGCUGGGCGCCCUGGCCCCGGGGAGGCGCGAGGAGCCGCGGCGAAGGCGGAGGCACAGGCGGCCGGGGGUGGGUCGCUUCCUCCGCCUCCUCCUCCUCCUCGGAGUUUGGCGCUCCGUAUCCGGGAAGGAGCGAGCCCGGAACUGGGAGCCCCUGAGGAGACGCCACAGCCGCCCUCGAAGUUCGCCUUCUCCCUCAGGCGGCGCCAUGCGGCGGCUCCGGCUGAGGGGCCCGUGUCCGGGCAGGGGCUGCGCGGUGGCGCUGGCGCUGCUGGCCGCCGUGGCCUUCUUCGCCGUGGCGCUGUCGCUGGCCAGCCUGCAGGCGCCCCCGGCCGGCGAGAGGCGCUCUCCUGGCGGGGAGAGGCGCUUCUCCGACGGGGCGGAGCGGCCCGAAGACCUGGCCCGCCCCGUCUGCGAGAAGGCGCCGCCGGACCCUUCGGCCCCCGGGGAGUGGGGCAAGCCUGCCCACCUGCAGCUGAGCCCUGAGGAGAAGAAGGAGGAGGAGGCGCUGGUGGAGCAGUACGCCAUCAACGUCUACCUCAGCCAGAAGAUCUCGCUGCACCGCCACAUCCAGGACGGGCGCAUGGCCGAGUGCAAGGCCAAGGCCUACCGCUACCGCCAGCUGCCCACCACCUCGGUGGUCAUCGCCUUCUACAACGAGGCCUGGUCCACCUUGCUGCGCACCGUCCACAGCGUGCUGGAGACCUCUCCGGCCGUCCUGCUGAAGGAGGUCAUCUUGGUGGACGACCUGAGCGACAAGGUCUACCUGAAGGGUCAACUGGAGAAGUACGUCAGCGGCCUGGAGAGGGUGCGCCUGAUCCGCACCAACAAGCGCGAAGGGCUGGUCCGGGCGCGCCUGAUCGGGGCCACCUUCGCCACCGGCGACGUCCUCACCUUCCUCGACUGCCACUGCGAGUGCGUCCCCGGCUGGCUGGAGCCGCUGCUGGAGAGGAUCGCCGAAAACAUGAGCACCGUCGUCUGCCCCGUCAUCGACACCAUCGACUGGAACACCUUUGAGUUCUACAUGCAGUCGGCCGAGCCUAUGAUCGGGGGCUUCGACUGGCGCCUGACGUUCCAGUGGCAUUCGGUCCCUGACUACGAGCGCCAGAGACGCAAGUCCAAAAUCGAUCCCAUCAGGUCGCCCACCAUGGCCGGGGGCCUGUUUGCCGUGAGCAAAAAGUACUUCGAAUACCUGGGCACCUACGACAUGGGGAUGGACGUCUGGGGAGGAGAGAACCUGGAGCUGUCCUUUCGGGUGUGGCAAUGUGGGGGCAUCUUGGAGAUCCACCCCUGUUCGCACGUGGGGCAUGUGUUUCCCAAGCGGGCUCCCUACGCCAGGCCCAACUUCCUCCAGAACACGGCGCGGGCGGCGGAAGUGUGGAUGGAUGGGUAUAAAGAGCACUUCUACAACAGGAAUCCCCCGGCACGGAAGGAGAACUACGGAGACAUCUCAGAAAGGAAGCUCUUGAGGCAGCGCCUGAAGUGCCAGAACUUCGACUGGUACCUGAAGAACAUAUUUCCGAACUUGCACGUGCCAGAGGACCGCCCUGGUUGGCACGGAGCCAUCCGCAGCGUGGGCAUCUCUUCCGAGUGCCUAGACUACAAUUCUCCCGAGCACAACCCGACUGGCGCCCACGUCAACCUCUUCGGGUGCCAUGGGCAAGGAGGGAACCAGUUCUUUGAGUACACAUCGAAUAAGGAAAUCCGGUUCAAUUCCGUGACAGAGCUCUGCGCCGAAGUUCCCGACCAGAAGGAUUUUGUGGGCAUGAGAAACUGCCCGAAAGACGGCUCCGCUAUCCCAGAAAACAUUGUGUGGCAUUUUAGAGAAGACGGGACCAUUUAUCACCCUCAUUCGGCAAAAUGCCUUAGCGCUUACCGCACUGCCGAGGGCCGGGCUGACGUGCAGAUGAGGACAUGCAACGCAGAGGAUAAAAACCAGUUGUGGAAGUUCGAAAAAUAGAAAUUGGUCUGGGAGUCUCUGUCCAAGACUACUUCCAGCUGACUUAGUGUGUAUUCCCACUAAGUCUGGCUUAGCGCGUCUUCCCAUUAACUGUUAAUGCCAGAUUUAGGUAGCUUCUAAAAGGGUUUUUAACAGGUUUGGGAAUGGCAGGGAAUGACUGUGAAGAAGCAGGGUGUUGGGGACUUGCCAUCUGAAGUGCCUUUUAUUCUAAGCUCCCAUUGGCGGGGGCUGAUGGGGGUCAUUGUCCAAUAUCUGGACGGGUGGAUCCUAAGGUGUUCACUUAAAAGGGAACAACUAUAAUUUGUGUGUGUGUGUGAUUGUAAUACUUUGGGAACAAGGUGGCCUUGGUUAGAACUGCAGAUUACUGAAGGUUUAUGUUACGUGUUACUGUGACAAUGCGGGGGGGGGGGCGACUGAAAUCAAUACAAACGCAGCCACAGUACAGAUAAUAACAUUAAUACGAGUUACGCCAGGGAAAGGGAAGCUGUGGUUCUCCAGGUGUUGGAUCGAUCAAGGCUCCCAUCAACUCUUGCCAUGUUGACAGGGGUUGUUGGGAGUUUUGGUCCAGCGACUACAGGACGGCCACAUGUUCCCCCAUGUCUGGGUUAACUAUAUGCAUAAUUCGUGGCUAAUGGGGUGGUUUGGCCAAGAAGUGGGAGAAACAUCACCCUUAGGGUGCUGCCUGAGUGUUGCACAUAGGAGUCUCGUUGAGUGUGUUGGGAGAAAAUAUUGCUUAGCUUUUAGGGCAGCUUACCAACUCCCAUCAGUGCGCUGGCUGGGGUUGAUGGGAGUUGUAGACAACCUGGAAGGCGCCAGGUUAGCAGUGGCCCUGUGCUAUGCCAAAAUCCCAAAAUGCUCCAUUCUAAAUAAUAGUUGUGGGGGCCCCAAGGCACUGUGCCCUAAAUUCACCUCCGAGGUUAGAGAAGGCUGCAGAGUAGCAACAGGCCUGAGUUCAUGUCUCUGGUUCUUAAUGCACCUCAGAUAUAUAUACAUAGGUUUUGCUUUUCAUUAUUGAGAGCAGAGUGAGGAAUAAAUACAAUCUGCAUUGUGCAAGUGGUGAAAGCAAUCAUUUGUUAACUUAGGGAGGAGGUAAUCAAGUUGUAGCUGAGGAUAACAGUACAGUGGUACCUCAGGUUACAUACGCUUCAGGUUAAAUACUCAGCUAACCCAGAAAUAGUGCUUCAGGUUAAGAACUUU